UGCCACCGUUACUAUACCACUAGAAAGCUGUGAUUACACCUACUCGGGAGCACCCUGAACUCUCGCGAUACUACAGCCAGGAGGCGCGCGAAACGCGGUGGGAGGGGCUGGAAGGAAAGCGUUUGACUUCCGGCCAGGCCGUCGUCUGGGUGGCGCGGUCGAGUCAUCGCUGGGCCUCGCCGCUUCGAUCUCUCGUCCCUCCCCCCCGCCCAGGCGCGGGGGGUCGACCAGCCAAGUGAGGUGGGAGGCGACUCAGACCUUUCCCUCCACUUUGUUUUGUCCAGCACCCCGGCUACUCGCUUUGGGCCCCAGUCUGAGUGGCCGGGGCCUACAUCGGCCCGCCGCUGGGCCUCAUGAGGCAUAGCCUGACCAAGCUGCUGGCAGCCUCAGGCAGCGACUCCCCAACGCGCAGCCAGAGCCCGGCGCCGGCCGCGACCUGCUCGCUGUCCGCGGACCUGAUCCGGGCUGCGGCGGGGGAGAAGGAGGCGGUGGCGACGGGAUCUCCUGGCCGCAAGCAGUCGCACGGCGACGUGGGCGAGUUGGAGGCCGGGACGGGGAGCCGCGGCGGUGUGGCCGUGCGCGCCCCCUCGCCCGAGGAGAUGGAGGAGGAGGCGGUCGCCAGCGUCCCUGGGGAAGAGACCGAAGAUAUGGACUUUCUGUCUGGGCUGGAACUGGCGGAUCUUUUGGACCCCCGGCAACCGGACUGGCACCUGGAGCCCGGACUUAGCUCUCCCGGGCCUCUCUCCUCGUCCGGCGGAGGCUCUGAUAGCGGCGGCCUGUGGAGAGGGGACGACGACGACGAGGCCGCGGCUGCUGAGAUGCAGCGCUUUUCCGACCUGCUGCAGAGGCUGUUAAACGGUAUCGGAGGCUGCAGUAGCAGCAGUGACAAUGGCAGCGGCGAAAAGAGGCGGAGAAAGUCCCCGGGAGGAGGCGGCGGCGGCGGCGGCGGCAGCAGCGGCAACGACAACAACCAGGCGGCGACAAAGAGUCCCCGGAAGGCGGCGGCGGCCGCUGCCCGUCUUAAUCGGCUGAAGAAGAAGGAGUACGUGAUGGGGCUGGAGAGUCGAGUCCGGGGUCUGGCAGCCGAGAACCAGGAGCUGCGGGCCGAGAAUCGGGAGCUGGGCAAACGCGUGCAAGCACUGCAAGAGGAGAGUCGCUACCUACGGGCAGUCUUAGCCAACGAGACUGGACUGGCUCGCUUGCUGAGCCGGCUGAGCGGCGUGGGACUGCGGCUGACCACCUCGCUCUUCAGAGACUCGCCCGCCGGUGACCACGACUACGCGCUGCCGGUAGGAAAGCAGCAGCAGGACCUGCUAGAAGAGGACGACUCAGCGGGAGGAGUGUGUCUUCAUGUGGACAAGGAUAAGGUGUCGGUGGAGUUCUGCUCAGCGUGCGCCCGGAAGGCGUCGUCUUCUCUUAAAAUGUAGGGUCAAGUAAUCUGCUCUUUAUCCGCGUUUACCCCUUUCAACUCCCUUACACCAUGUAAAACACUUUAGUGGGACAUCUUCACUGGACACAUUUCAGAGGAGGAAAAAAGUAAUAUUGAAUCUUUAAGUGUUUUAGCUAAAAGCAUGAAUGUGACACAGUAACCAACUCCUAAUGAUAACAUGUGACUAUUAAAUCUCUCUGACAGUUUCUUUUUUAGGUGAUUUCCUUCCUGCCAGGCUCCGUUGUAGGGGUUACAGAACAGUCGUUCCCGCCUCACAACCUGUGUGGACAUGGCCUUGGAUGACAUCGGUUCCAACUGUACACUGAAACCUGCUUAUAGAGAUACAGUUUGGAGACAGUGAAACAGGUGAAGUUGAAUGGAAGUUCCGAGUUGUACAAGGUGCAAAUUGGAAUUCCAGUUUUAGAGCAACUUUUCAGAGGUUGACAUUAAGUAUUUGGGGCAUGCACAACUGUGAUAGUAUUUUGCUGGUGAUGAUAGGUAUCUUAAAUAUUCAAGAAUACCUUUUAGUUUUCAGUAUAAGAUGCAGAAAUACAAUCUAUCCAGAAUAACAAAUUUUAAUGUCUUACCAUUAGAGAAGUUGGAAAUUAACAUACAUACCAGACUCCUGUGUUUUAGUUAAGUGGAGGAAGAAUAAGAAAAUGGUUAAUGAAAUGUUUCUUUGAGGAUCAGCACAGUGAUUACCCCAUCACUGAGUAUGAAUAAAUUGUUGAACAUCUUUAUUUUUGUUGUAUUAAAAUUUUAGGUUAAAUUUAUGUAUGUAUGAUUAGAUACUGAAGGUUGUUAAAUGUGAAUGAAAACGUGUAAAGUGAGGUUUCACAAAGAAUCUUACUCUGUAUUUCAAAAGUAUUUGUCCUAUUUAAAAAAUAAUUUUUCAAAUUGAGUGGUUCUGGCCACUUGAAUGACAUUGAUUGACACUAUUUUUCCAAAGAUGGGAUGCAUUCUUCCCUUGAAGUACUCUAUUAUCUGUUGUCCAGUUAUAUAAAUUAACGGUGUCCUUCAGGGUAAGAGGCAUUAAAUUCUUUGUGAAACAUCACUGUUUGAUAAAGUAUAUACGUAUUUAGCAUCCUUGUUUUUCUUUGUGCUAAAGUGGAUACAGCUGUUGGGGCAGAAGAGACGGGACCAGCUGCUGGCCACAUUUCCUGCUUUAUUUUAAAAGGUAGUAUAAGAAAUGAGGAAAAAGAGGUAAUAUCAGGGCUUCUGCUGUCUUUUAUUUUUAAAAUGUUCAUAAUUAAAAAGUUUUCCAGCAGUCCAAAGAUGUAAGUUAUCUUACACAGAAAAUGUUUUAUUUUGUUGUUAUUUGGUAUGAAAAUGGAAUCCUUGUUCUUGCACAACUGUAAACGUUUUGUUGAUAGAUAAUAUGAUUUGAGACCUAAAUUGGUCUCUGGUUUCCAGUGCAUCACAGCAUAUUUUGUAAAAUCAUCUACUGCACUUAAGCAUGAAUGGGUGGUAGCCAAACUCUCAACCUGGAGUGAUGAACCUGCUUAUACCUAAGGGCAGGAGCAAGCCCCUCACAAUGCAGCUGCAUGGAUUUUUAGUGCCUACUGAAUUAUAUAUAUAUAUAUAUAUUUAAAAAAAACCAAAAGUAGUUGGAAAGAUUAUUUGAAAUGACUAAUUUGUGCUAUCUUUAUGAAAUAUGUUAAAUGUAGCUUUUUGAAACAGAAGCCUUGAAUUGAAAUUUAACUAAUACUUGAACAUUUUGUAUAUAUUUCUUUGUAUAUAAUUUUGUGCAGUACCAAUGACAAAAAUAUGGUGUCAUACGUAAUAAAACCAGGUUUGUUGAUCUUUCAGUUAUGGGCUCAAAGAAUUUAUUCAUCUCUAACAUGAAAUUGAAAAAUAAUGGAUGAAAAUAGGAAAAAUGAUUGUUGUUAAUAAUGACUGUGGGUCUUAAUCAAAAGGUUCUGGAAGCAGUAAGUUUGUUUUUCUAAAAAUUAUACCAUUCUCUUGGAGUAUUUUCUUCCUUAUGUCAGUGCUUUUCCUGCAUUAUUGGAAGUUUGGGACUGGGGAGAAAGUAGUCAAAGCUUUCUGAAUUCGGAUGCUUUGAAAUUCCAAGUGUAGAUUUUUAGAAUGUCAUUUUAUAAAUGGCAGUUUUUGGAAUUACUUGAUUAAGAAAUUUUGAAAAUGGAAAGAUUAGUAUGGCCUAUUUUUAAAGCUGCUUUGUUAGGUUCCUUAUGUUUUGAUUGUCUUCUUAGUUUCCAUUUCAUUAUUUUUUUUCUAGUUUUGGUGACUUAGUGAUUUUGUCAUUUUUUUUACAUCAACUUCAUGGUCUUGUUUUUACAUGGUAAUUGCAUGUAUUUAGGACCUCUCUAACAGGGGCUUUAAAUAAAUUUGGUCAUAUUUAUGUGUAAGCACAUUUUACUGUAAAUGUUUGGGUUUCUGAAUUUAAACAGAUCUGUUUAUUUCAGUAUGUAGUAAAUAUCUUACAGUGUCCUAUUCACUACUUGUUAAUUAAAAAAGCUAUGAUUAAUAUGAAACUGUUGUCUUACUAUUUUUAGAAAAUUGUGUUCUGAAUGAUUAGUAUUUGGAUAAAGGAGAUUUCUGGAAUAAUAUAAAAUGGAUUGUUUUGAAAUUUUCAGGUUUGGCUUUACUUACUCUAAUCAUUGAAAACAAUUUAGUAUUGGGGAACUCUUGGUUAAUUUUUGUGCCUCUAUGGUAAAAUGAUACAGAACCAGACAAAAGAUGUAGCUUUUUAAUAUUUGUUUUCUGAUGGUGGCAGGAAUUCAUACAUUAAUUGAACUGACACAUCAUAUUGACCUAUUUCUAUCAGAUUGACUUACUGUUUCUGCACUUCUUUGACCAGACUUAUCUAAAAAAGUCCACGUUUGUUAAAAUGUCACACUUCAGAUAUAAUCCAACAAAAAGUAUUCGAAGUAUUUUAAAUAUUUGUGCAUUUUAUAAUCACUGAAUUAAUCUCUCUCUCUUCUCUUUAAACAGCUUAGCAGUGUCUGCAAAAACGAAUCUUUUCCUACAACCUGUUAACUGAAUGGACUGAUGGUAACAAAGUAAUUGUGGGAGCCAUGUCGGUCAAAAAUUUGGCAUCUGCUGAAAAAAAUGAAUGCCAUUUUCAAGUUCCCAAAUUACUUCUAUACUGAUUUCACUUUCCAGAAAUGGAGAUAUGAAAAGAUUCUCUGGAAUCCUUGAAAGACUUAAUAGAAAUACAUGAGACUAACUUAAUCUUGGAACAAAAUUAUACGUUUUUUUUUUUUGUCUUUCAUGGGAGUGAUACUCAGUUCUUUGCAUACCUUUUAAAAAUUGUAACCAUUGGAGAAGAGAUUUAUAAUAUUUCAUCAAGAAAUAUUAGUUUUUACAUAAUCAAGAGCACACUCUAUGGAAUUACAUUUAGUGUACUAGAAUUACAUAAACAGGCCAUCAGUAAUCACGAGGCAUGUCAUGAGUUUGUGUUUAUUUCCUGGAACAUGAGAGCUAAUUUGGAAUACAGACACCUUGUCGAGUAGAAUAUAAAAGUUAAUGUAAAGUCCUUAAUUAUAAAGAGUAGUCUUUUUAAAUAGAUGCUUGAUUUGUCUGUAUAUCUUUGAAAAAGUGAUUAUGAUUAAAUGUGUGGGUAGUUAAUUGCAAUUUAGGGUAACAUCAGGAUGUGUGGAUUCUGAGGUCUUGGCUUCUUGAGCUUUCUCUGAGUACUUGACACUGUUUUUAAUAACGAGGUUUCUAAUGAAUGGUAUAUUAGUUUCUACUGUUUUAUAUUAAAAUUUCUGUAGUGUUAUAUAUAUAUAUAAGGGCUUUAGUAUUCUGGAUGAUGAGAAUGGCUUUUUUUUGUGGCAAAUGGUUGUUUUACUUAAUUGAAAUAUUUUUCCAGUUUAUUACAAGUGU